GCCUCCAACUACACUACAGUCAGUACUAGUGUUUAGCAAUGGAUUAAAGACUGAUGAGUCAAUAUAUACUUGUAUUGGAAUCAAUAACAUCACCAAUAUAAUACAGUCACCAGAACAAGACAAUAUAACCUUAUUAGUACAAGUCCCAGUAGAGAUAGUAGAUAAUCCAGUUAAUACUACUCAUUAUGCUGGCGGCAAUGUAACUCUAUCGUGUAAUGCUAGUGGCAUAUCAUUACCGACCUUUCAGUGGUACAAGAACAAUCAGUUAAUCACUCCUAAUGAUAGGGUCUACCUCACUACCCUGAUACACCUUGAGACACUAAUAGAGAGUCUAGUUGAGAGUGUUCUGGUGUUUAAUAAUAUUGUAUUGAGUGAUGAUGAUUAUUAUCAUUGUCAGGCUACUAAUCCUGGAGCUCAUGAUAGAAUAUUUAAUGUCUUCUCUCAGUCAGUGAGACUCACAGUUCAAUAUCCUCCUAAUGUAACUACUCUUGAGCCAAGAGAGAUCAUCAUAAACCAAACACAACCAGCAAACUUCACAUGUCAAGCUUACGGAAUACCAACUCCAUCCAUCAAUUGGAUAAACGUGUCAAGUGGAUCGAUAGUACAACCAGUAUCUGGUCUCAUUGAUAUAAUGGAGACCUUACUGCCUCCAACUACACUACAGUCAGUACUAGUGUUUAGCAAUGGAUUAAAGACUGAUGAGUCAAUAUAUACUUGUAUUGGAAUUAAUAACAUCAUCAAUAUAAUACAAUCACCAGAACAAGACAAUAUAACCUUACUAGUACAAGUCCCAGUAGAGAUAGUAGAUAAUCCAGUUAAUACUACUCAUUAUGCUGGUGGUAAUGUAACUCUAUCGUGUAAUGCUAGUGGCAUACCAUUACCAACCUUCCAAUGGUACAAGAACAAUCAGUUAAUCACUCCUAAUGACAGGGUCUACCUCACUACACUGAUACACAUUGAGACACUAAUAGAGAGUCUAGUUGAGAGUGUUCUGGUGUUUAAUAAUAUUGUAUUGAGUGAUGAUGAUAAUUAUCAUUGUCAGGCUACUAAUCCUGGAGCUCAUGAUAGAAUAUUUAAUGUCUUCUCUCAGUCGGUUAGACUCACUGUUCAAUAUCCUCCUAAUGUAACUACCCUUGAGCCAAGAGAGAUCAUCAUAAACCAAACAGAACCAGCAAACUUCACAUGUCAAGCUUACGGAAUACCAACUCCAUCCAUCAAUUGGAUAAACGUGUCAAGUGGAUCGAUAGUACAACCAGUAUCUGGUCUCAUUGAUAUAAUGGAGACCUUACUGCCUCCAACUACACUACAGUCAGUACUAGUGUUUAGCAAUGGAUUAAAGACUGAUGAGUCAAUAUAUACUUGUAUUGGAAUUAAUAACAUCAUCAAUAUAAUACAGUCACCAGAACAAGACAAUAUAACCUUACUAGUACAAGUCCCAGUAGAGAUAGUAGAUAAUCCAGUUAAUACUACUCAUUAUGCUGGUGGUAAUGUAACUCUAUCGUGUAAUGCUAGUGGCAUACCAUUACCGACCUUCCAGUGGUACAAGAAUAAUCAACUAAUCACUCCUAAUGAUAGGGUCUACCUCACUACCCUGAUACACCUUGAGACACUAAUAGAGAGUCUAGUUGAGAGUGUUCUGGUGUUUAAUAAUAUUGUAUUGAGUGAUGAUGAUAAUUAUCAUUGUCAGGCUACUAAUCCUGGAGCUCAUGAUAGAAUAUUUAAUGUCUUCUCUCAGUCAGUGAGACUCACAGUUCAUCAUCCACCAAACACCACAGUAACUCCUUCUCAAAUAAUUGUCAACAGUACUGCAGUAUCUUCAAUCACCUUCACUUGUUACUCAUUCGGUAUACCCCCUCCUUCUCUGCGGUGGAUAAAGGAAAAGGGCGGGGCUUUAUUGAUGAGUCUAGGCCCGACACAAAUACUCGGUUCCUCGAUUGAUAGCUCUAGUACUUCGGUAUUGACUUUGUUUCGUCCUAGCGAUGUUGAUGAGUCCAAUUAUACUUGUAUUGCUGUAAACAAUGUUACUAAUGUUCUUGGAACACCUGAAGAUGAUGUGGGAGAGCUUUAUGUACAAGAUCCAGUGAUCAUAGCAGAGCACCCAACUAGUAGAACUCACCCAGCUGGUUUUCCAUUCAUUGAUCUAACCUGUACAGCCACUGGUCUACCAGUUCCGUCUAUAUACUGGUAUAAAGAUGGCGUCUUGCUGGUAGAUGAUGGAGAUCAUAUCCAGAUAAGAGAGAAUGAUUACGAGCAGUCUAAUUUUGGUAUAAAUUACGGCAGGCUUCAUAUUGUGGACAUUGUCCUAAGUGAUGAUGGUGAUUACGUUUGUGUCGCUAUUAAUACCGGUGCACCUGGAAUAACUUUCAACGUGUCAUCUCAAGUGGCUCAAAUUUCUGUACAAUAUCCACCACUCGUCAAUCUCUCUCCUUCGUCCCUCAUUCUUAAUCAAACUGAUUCUGCUGUCUUCACUUGCAAUAUCUUUGGUAUACCCAGGCCGACCUUUAACUGGCUUAAUGGCUCCACUCUCCUUCCCUUCUCUCCAUCCUCCUUGUACUCAAUCACUAAUACUACCGAUACUUAUAACAUUACUAGUGUUCUCACUAUAUUCUUCACCCAGAGGACAGAUAUGGGCUCUUAUACUUGUGCUGCUAGCAAUGGAAUUGAUAAUUUGAUUAGUUCGCCUGAAGAAGACUCAGUAGAGCUCUUUGUACAGGAGCCCUCUCAGUUUUUACUAGAGCCAUUCAAUACUUCAAAUUAUACAGCUGGCACUAUCACUCUCUCCUGUCAAGCCACAGGCAUUCCUCUACCAUCAAUCUCUUGGUUUAAAGAUGGCCAGCUGGUGCUCAGUGAAAGUGAUGAUCGCAUCAAUAUUACUACUCUCUCGUUUGUGACUCAAAACGAGAGGAAUAUAACUAGUUUCCUUAGAAUCGAUUCACUAGUAUUGUCAGAUACUGGAUACUAUCAUUGCUCUACUAGUAACGAAGCAGCUUCUGGCACUGGGAUAUUUAGUGAUAGGACAGAAACAGCUUAUCUGUUUGUUCAAUAUCCUCCUGUGGUCUCGGUAUCCCCUACACUUACAAUAACGAAUCAAACUAACUCAACUUCUUUCAAUUGCUCUCUCUUUGGCGUACCCACUCCAACCGUUACAUGGACUCGUAUUGGGUCCAACGAUCUUCCAGUCUCCACCCUCUCUCCACCAGGGUCCGACCCGUUCAUCACAACGGUUGUUGAUGGGUAUAAUGUAACGUCAGUGCUGCUCUUCAAUUCAUCGAUGGCCACUGAUGAAGGAGGAUAUGUUUGUGCCGGUAGAAAUGAUGUCUUUAAUGCGAUUGGUGUACCAGAAUCAGCCUCUGUGUCACUUUUUGUACAAGUCCCAUCUUUAUUCAUUACUCAUCCUCAGUCAGUCACUAACUACACAGCUGGUAGUGCCCGCCUCUCCUGCACUGUAUAUGGCCUGCCAGUUCCCUCCAUUUUGUGGCUUAAAGACGGAGAAAUACUAGCAGAGACGGACAACCUUACGAUCACCAUAAGAGAGUCUUUCACUGAUACAACUGGUCAAUCAGUCAGUGUGCUAUCUAUUGUCGAUUUGACCCUGGAAGAUGCCGGAGUGUAUCAUUGUAUGGCUAAUAAUACUGGAGCACUGGGUAAUAGCUUUACUGUCAAUUCUUUGGCUGCUACGCUAGUUGUUCAAUAUCCUCCGUCUUUGAUAAUAUCUCCUGUUCAAAUGAUCGUCAAUCAGACGGAUAGGGUCUCCAUAACUUGUACAGUUUUUGCUGUCCCUCAUCCUCAAAUUACGUGGACUGACGAUCGAGAAGGAACUAGCAUACCUUUGACUCCUAUACAGGAUAUUGUUAGUAUAACAGAGACUGAUUCCGGAAACACUCGCACUUCUGUGCUUACUUUUAACUCAAUAGUAAAGCUUAAUGAGUCCAAUUACACUUGCACUGCUGUCAAUAAUGUUACUAAUGUUAUCAAUGCUCUGGAUCAAGGAACUAGCUCCAUUACUGUACAAGUACGUGCUACAGUGACUAGUCUUGUUGGAUUCACACUUCACAGACAAAACGGUGACAACGCUACAAUAACAUUCUCGCUCUCUGAAGACUCUCCUCUCGUAAAAACUGAAAACAUUCGCUGGUUUUUAAGAACUGUUUCGAGCUUUGAGGACAUCACUUUUCGUUCAGACACAAGGCAAACUCUCUCGGAGGAUCGAUUGUCUCUCCUGAUUGAUGGUAUCACAGAAACUGAUGAAGGAGAGUACAUUUUGAGAGCUACCAACGAAGCCGGGACAGGAGAAGGGACUGUUGUUAUUAGCGUUGCUGGUCCUCCUGCCAUCAUCAGCGGUCCCGUGAAUCAGAAAAGGAUAGAAGGCGACUCUGUUACAUUCAGCUGCUUUGCUACAGGUGAUCCUAUACCUGAGGUAACCUGGAGGUUCAACAACUCCCUCAUAUUAACUAAUAACACGAAAUAUUCUAUCGGUGACAUUACUGAAGGGAUUGAAUUUGGAUCUCUGACAAUCAACGACCUUAAUUACUUUGAUAAAGGGACUUAUGAAUGUACAGCUUCUAAUGUUAAUGGAACUUCAUCACUUGAUGUUCUCCUUGAAAUUCAAGUUGUGCCUGUUGUUACGGUUCAUCCCCUCACACAAGACGUCAUUGCUGGGGGCGUGGUCACGCUAAACUGCACUGCCUAUGGCUUCCCGGGAAUUAACAUAAAAUGGUUAAAAAAUGGCGUUAUGAUUACUCAAGAUUUAAUACCAGAGAGCAGCAUCAGAGAAGAGAGGGGCUCCUUACCUGAAGACAUCACCGUCACUAGUUACUUAACAAUUGAAGACCUUCAGCUUCGUGAUGUUGCUAAUUAUUCCUGCAAUGUCAGUAAUGGACUGGUUGAGGAUAGACUGGAGUAUAGUGAUAAUGCUGAGCUUACGGUGCUCUAUCCUCCUAAUGUCGACGUUGCCCCAAAAUCUUUCAUCGUCAAUCAAACAGAACCAGUCAACUUUACCUGUACCGCUUAUGGAAUACCACCUCCUAAACUCACUUGGUACGAUACAAGGAACAUCUCAGAACCUUUAAGACUCUCUCGAGUUCUCUACGUAGUGGAGGAUCUGUAUACUAACAUUACUGGGUUUUCACUUGUAGAGUCUGUCCUUGUUUUCGCUAGCGCUUUGAGGACUGAUGCCUCCGUGUAUACUUGCAUUGCUACUAAUGAUAUUGAGAAUUUAUUGGAGACACCAGAGACAGGGAAUGCUGCACUUUACGUUCAACUUCCUGCAUUUAUCCAGUCCUCUCCGCCUGAAAGAGUUGAUCAUUUUCGCGGAGGCACGACCAACAUCUCCUGCUCAGCUACAGGCCUACCCCUCCCUACUAUAACCUGGUUUAAGGAUGGGUCACUAUUGAAUCUUAACGAUCGUAUCUAUGUUGACGAGAUUAACGAGACCACGCCUACUAGUGGGUUCAUAAUGAGUACGCUGGUUUUUCAGGUAUUGGAGCUGGCCGACAAUGGUAGUUAUCAUUGUGAGGCUAAUAAUACAGGAGCACCUGGGAAUGAAUUUCUAGUGCCUUCGGAAUCUAGCUUUAUAUUUAUUACUCAUCCUCCUAAUGUAACAGUUAGUCCAGAGACUCAGUUAACAGUUAAUGUGACAUUCACUGCCACCAUCACUUGCUCAGUAUUUGCUAUUCCUCUCCCUCGCAUAACAUGGAUCAAUAAUACUGAUGGCUCCCUAGUUGUAGGGGGAGGGGCUAACAGAAUAACUAUUACUGAGACGGAUUAUACUCACAUCCGUAUCUCAGUAUUGAAUUUUACUAGUACAGUUAAGUUUGACGAGUCAGUGUAUACUUGUAUGGCAGUUAACAAUAUUAGCAAUGUAUUGGACACACCUGAGACUAAAGCUGUAUUUUUAAGAAUACAAGUUCCUGCUAGUGUCACUCCUGUUUCUCCAUCUCCUUCAUUUGGUGUUGAGGGUCAGUCCAUUGUACUCACAUUCUCUAUCACACAAGAUGAUCCACUUGUAAACACGUCCAACAUUCGCUGGACGUUCAGAGGUACAGCUGGUUUGCUGGAUAUAACGGAAACUGAUAACCCUCACUAUGAAUUAAUUAAUGAGAGACGGUCUUUGGUCAUAACACAAAUCACAUCAGCUCAUCAAGGAAUCUAUACCCUGUUUGCUACCAAUGAAGCGGGAACCAGAUCAAACUCUAUUAAUCUACAGCUGCAAGGUCCUCCUGUAUUUUAUCUUUUACCGUCAGACCAGACUCUCCUCGAGCACUCUACCGUUACGUUCCAGUGUCUUGCAAUUGGAGACCCGUUCCCGUCCGUCUCUUGGAGUUUUAAUGACGAAAUACUCAUACAAGACUCUCGCUAUAUUAUUGGAGACUCUGGACAGGAUUUCGGUUCUCUUACAAUAUCGCGUAUUCGUUUCACAGACAGAGGGACGUAUACUUGUACAUAUAACAAUACCCAUGGGACAGUAAUGACAUCUGCUACUCUCUCUGUUCAAGUUAUUCCAGUGAUUGUAGAUUUGGCGGUUCCCCCUAAUGGUACAGCUGGUUCUGAUACAGUCCUUACCUGUAUAUCAAGAGGAUACCCAGCCCCUACAAUCAGUUGGUUUAUUAAUGAUACACUGGUAGCAGAACAGAAUAACAAUAAGAUGAGUAUCAAUGUGCUUACAAUGGAAGGAGUAGGAGGAUUGUACAAUGUCAGUAGUAGUUUGCUAAUAAAUGAAUUGGAGCUUAGUGAUACCAAUGGAUACCAUUGCACUGCUACUAAUGAAUUGGAAUCUGUUCAAACUGUCACUUCUCCUCAACUGCAGUUUACUGUUUUAUAUCCACCUAAUAUAACAGAGCCUCCUGUUAACAAGACUAUCAAUCAAACUGAUGAUGGAGUGUUCAACUGUACAGUUUUCUCUAUUCCUUUAUCAACUGUUAACUGGUUCUUCAACAAUACACAGUUGGAAGAUGAUGGAGCCAAUGAUAUCAAUAUAAAAAGUUACAGUCAUUCAAUGGAUCAAUACAUUACCAGUUCAUUGACUGUAUCAAAUACUCUUAGGGCCAAUAAUGAAGGAUGGUAUACCUGCACUGCAUCUAAUGGAGUGGAUAACCUGAUUGAUGCUAUAGAGUUUUCAAUGUCAUUUCUUACAGUACAAGUCCCUCCAACUGUUGUAAGUGAUUCAUCAACAUAUCUUGGUGUAGUGCAUGGAUCAGUUACAAUAUCAUUCAUGAUACUUUAUGCCUCACCAGUAGUCAAUGUUACUAACAUACAGUGGUUUUUUAAUGAUACACGCCUCACUGGUUCUGAAUCAAACUACAACUUCUCAUCUGAUCUACUCAGUCUCAGUAUAAGCAAUCUACAGCACAGUGAUGAAGGACUGUAUACAUUGGUAGCUAGUAAUGAAGCAGGAACUAAUAGUACCAGUGUAUUCUUAGAAAUUGAAGCUGCACCAGAGAUUGUUUUGCCUCCUAAUAACAGCUCAAUAUUAGAAGGAGAUAAAGUCACUUUUGAGUGUAGGACCACUUCAGAGCCACUUCAUACUGUCCAAUGGUUCUUUGAAGGGACCCCAAUAGACACAAUAUCAUCUACACCAGCUCUUGUCACUAUCAAUAAUGUUGCCCAGUAUGUCAUGACAGUAUCUUCUACUCAAGAUUAUCAAUUAUUAGUUAAUAUGAUGAACCAGGAUAUUGUAGGCAGUAAUAUUUAUAAUGACACUCUAACUAUUUUCUCAGUGCAACUACACAAUACUAAUGACAAUUCAAGUACUGCAGCGAUACUAGUUACUGUUGUCAUAGCAACAGAGGAGGGGUCAGGGUGUCCAUUGAGAUGUAGAGAAGAAUUAGUCGAGUUUUUUAAUUUGAGAGGAUCAAGUUUUAAUCCGUCUUUCACUGUCACUGACAAUAUUACAAGAUUUGAUGGUUGUGAAUCAGAAGUUACUAAUUCAACAUUCAAUUGGUCAGAAGUUAAUAUUGGGAGUACAUUAAGAAUAGACUGUCCUUGUGGUGGUCUGUCAUUAGGGACUGGUUCACCAGUAGCUAUAAGAGCUUGUACUGGUAGUUUCACUAAUGGAGCAUCUUGGACUGAGCCCAAUACUAUACAGUGUGACUUAUUUACUGAUGAUGUACUGCCUUUAUGUAAUGUGACACAAAUGCCAACAGUUGAGAGUAGUAUCCAGUCAUUGCAGAGUUUAGUGUCAGGCAAUCCUAACUUACUCUCUUCCCUUCAACUAGCCAUUGCUGUAUCAGCACUAGAGAGAUAUAUUCAUGAUAUUCCAUCCAAUGAUAACCUGACUCUGUCUUAUGUUGGUGUUGUUACCAGCCUGUUAGGAGCUGACCUAUCCAUCAUCAGUGAAGCACAAUCUCAGUAUAAUAUUUCAUCACGCAUUACUGUUGGUCUUGAAAGACUAACAGAAGUCAUGUCUCUACUUGAUCAGUCUAACCGGACCAUAGACCAGCCAAACCUGUUUGUCCUCUCAGCCGAAAGCAUCACCACUUCCUCCUACUCUGGCUCUCAGUUCUCUGUAUCGGAAGACUCUCCUGUCAUAUCACUACCUCCUGAUCUAUUGAUCGGAUAUGAUUUCAUUAAUCGUCUUCUCUUUUCUUAUUAUUAUAAUUCAAGGCUGACAUCAGUUCUUUUUGAGUCAGAAUCCAUGUCACUGAGCAGUUCAGUUCUUGCUGCCAGUGCUAGUGGAGUUAAGCUAACUAAUCUAUCCACAACUGUCAAUAUCAGCUUUGGAAUGGUGAAUAGUUCCCAGGUUGCGUGUGUUUAUUGGGAUUUCACUGCAAGAGAUGGUAGAGGUGAUUGGUCAGCCCAAGGCUGUGAGACAGUGACUCAUAAUGGCACCAUAACCUGUCUCUGUAACCAUCUCACUCAUUUUGCACUUGCUCAACCAACUACUGUAGCUCCUAGUUCUCAAAGCAAUCCUCCAGCUACUUCUAAAGUCUUAGAAGUACUAGAGAUCCUCUCAAUGAUUUGUGUUGGUGUCUCAUUACUGUGUAUCACUCUGAGUCUAUUGGUCCACGUAUUUUCCAGGAAAUUACGUAUCAAGCCUCCAAUUCAAUUACUCGUCAAUGUCUGUGUUUCUCUCCUCCUCCUCUAUCUCAUGUACAUUGGUGCUCUCUAUGCUAGGACUCAACAGAAUGCCUGCAUUGUCUUUUCUUAUUUAUUUCAAUAUUCAUUCUCAGUCUCACUAUUAGCUUUACUGGGACAAAUGGUAUCUGUUGUGUUCCUUGGAUUAAAAUCAACUUUCCCCAUUAUAAUUUCGAUCAUUUCUUGGGUUACACCCAUGUUCUAUAUUGGCUUGCUAUCCCCAUUUUACAGUCAAACUAGCAACGACAAACUUUGCAGACCAGAUAAGAUUACUGCAGUAAUGUCUCUGAUUCUUCCACUAUCAUUUGCUUCCAUCAUAGCAGUUGCCCUCGGUAUUCUAAUGCUUAUAAGAUGGUUCAUAACAAGAGGAGAGGACUCAACUGGGAAGAGACCCAGAGGAACCGCAAGACGACAUUUAAUCCUCUUUGGCAUAUUCGUGGCCGGUUGGCUGUUUGGUCUGCUCAGAACUCUUCCAGAUCUUCAGACAACGACUUACAUCAUUUUCGAAUCACUCUUCAUUAUAACCGGUGCACUUUUCGGACUUCAUUUCUUUGUCCUCCAUUGUCUCUUGGUGUAUGAAGUGAGGGUUUGCUUCAAGAGGGUUUUCUAUAAGAUAACAUGUCAGGAGUACACUGAGCAAGAUGAUGAACCAGGAUCUAGACGGGGGACCAUGACCCCAGAGAGCUUUGUCCUAGCUAAAUCUCUCGCAGAGAAAAAAGAUCCAGGGAAUAUAGAGAUGACCGAUCACAUUUAUAGCGUCCCUAAUAAAAAACGAUCGGCGAAAGAGAAACAGAAAGAGAAGACAUCUGGUUACGUAAAGGACAACAGGACUGGUUAUGUGCACUCGCUAAAAGAAAUUCAAGACGUCAAAGCUAAUUUGGGUAGACUAGAUAGUGAACUAAGCAGUCCUGCCAGAUCAGAAGAUUCCGGUACUGAUCUACCUGUUGCUAAAUUCCCAUCCGUUGCUUUUGCUAGUAACGAGAAACUUGACUCCAGUGCUAUUGAUCAACCUGAUCCGGAUGAAGAAACGGAGUUAUAAAAAUUUAUUGAUUUUUCUAUGCAAUUUUAUAUUUUUAUAUGCAAACGAAAUCUUUAACGUAAAUGUA